AUUCUUAUUAUGCCAUUACUUAUAUCAAUUUCACGUAUCACAGAGAAUGAAUCCGCUCAGAAUAGUGGGAUAGUCGAGAUGACUGGAGGCAAUGCAAAACAGUUACAGUCACAACAAUCAGCAUCAUCAGAUGUGACCAAAGUACAAUUGACAUUUAUUGGUAAUUUCUUAUCACGACUUAUUGUUGAAACCAAGAGAGCAUUUAAUCGUCUUAUUGAACGAUUAAUUAUGACAUUUAAAAUGAGUAAACCAAGUCGUAAAGCUCGAUGUGGUAUUCUCACUAUCGUGAGAACGUAUAUUGAAUUUGCAGAAUGUUCUAUCACCGUGUUUGCAACAAGUUCACGUCUAGUUGACUUAGAACGUGCUCAUGGUGAGCUAGUCCGCUCUUUGAUGACAGAAAUUGAUCGAGUGGCAUCAGAAAGUUUUAAAACACCCGGUGAAGUAGUUCAACUAGAAAAUUAUCAUCGAUUAUGUGAUAUUCUCCGCCGACUAAAAAUGUCCGGUUUAGACGAAUAUCGUCAAGAUGCAAAAAAUCGAUACACACUGGCGCUACAAGAAUAUACUAAAAAUUGUAUGGGUCGUCCUUUAGAAAAAUUAGCUAGUUUCUUUGAAAAUGUACAAAGCGCUUUAGAGGCCGGCGUACGACCAGAAGUUGUCAGUUAUCAAUUUGCCUUUAGUAAACAAGAAUUACGUAAAGUGAUUAAAGAAUAUCCUGGGAAAGAAGUUAAACGUGGUUUAGAGAGUUUAUGUAAAAAAGUUGAAAAACAUUUAUCCGAUGAAGAGAAUUUAUUCCCUGUUGUAUGGCGUUCAAUACAAACAGAAUUUAUGACUCAAUGUUUACGCUUUAGUAAUUUAAUUCAACAAUGUUAUCCAGAUUCAGGAAUAUGCUUAGAAUUUACAGUGAAUGAUUUACAAAAUUAUUUUGCUGAAAUUGCCCGUUCACGUUAAUCCCAGUAACAGUGUGGGUUCGAGUCCCUCAGUGUGUGUGUGUGAACAGUAUACCCGACACUGACGGUGAUUGAUUGAUUCCAACAGAUUGAGUUGCACAAAAUACAUUAAUUACGUCAUCUUUUUUCUUAUACAAUUCUUCAAAUGUGUGUCUAUACGAACGCUUACAUGGACUACUUACAGGCUGAAGAGUGUACUCAUGCCUAAAGCAGAGAUGCAUACUUUAGCCUCAUGGCUUAUCGAUUAUGCGCGUAUGAUUGCUAACUUCUAUGCCAAUUUCAUGAUGGUGAUAAUGACUUCAGUUAUUCGUUUUGUCUUCUUUUUUUUAAUUUCUG